AUGUUCGGUGACAGUCUCUUCAGCUGGUUCAGCUCGUCCAAGAAGGAGGAAGCGCCCCAGACUACCUGGGACCCAAACACAUUGACCAUGGUCCAACCUCAGAGCCCUGAGUCUCCUUCCACCAACGCUGUUGUUGCUGAGCAGCCCACGCCCGAUAAUCAGAUGAACAUGCAUUUGCGUGGUGGCGGUCCCCCCCCUGGGCCUGGCGACGAUUGUUGCUGCUGCCUUGACUGCUUCUGCUGCUGUGGUGACUGCUGCGGUCCCGAUGGGCCUCCUGGUGGCUUUGGCGGCCCUGGUGGCCCUGGUGGCUUUGGCGGCCCCGGCGGUGGUCCUGGAGGCCCUGGAGGCCCAGGAGGUCCCGGUGGCCCCGGCGGUCCUGGGGGGUGGUAA